UGCGGCGUCUCUGCGCAAGUCACGGCCUGAUUGGUGGAGGGAAAUUUUGAAACGGGCGACUCGGUUUCUUUGUUCCUGCGACCAGACUGCGGUAGUUAGCAGCAGUUUUAGCGUAAUUUUAGCCUCUAGAUCGUGAAAAUAGGCAAGACUACGUGAUGAUAUCGCGAUCGGAGAGUAUAAAGUCCUCCUUCAGGCGGCGGAGAAGCCUGGUGGCCGAAGCGGACGAGCAGGCCAGCCCGGCGGUGGUGAGGAAGGCUUCCCUCCGCCGGCGUCCCUCCCUCGCCUCGCUGAAGGAGCUUCGGCAGAGCGUCCGGGUCAAGCUGGACGAUCACAAGAGAAGACACAGAAGCCUGGUGGAAAUCGGCAGCGAUGAGGACAUACCAGAGUCUCCACAGGACCAGAACACCACGGGUAUCAGACCGAGGUUUGUGCGUCGGCCGUCCCUGAGAAGCCUGAAAGCCAGUCUACCCUACAACCUGCGCCAGCUGCGCCGCCAGCCCAGCCUGGUGGAAGCCGUGGACGAGAAGGCCAGUCCCGUGGUCGCGGCCUCAGCCAAAGUCCGCAGAAGGCCGUCCUUCAAGAUGAUCCGUAACCAGCUCGCAGAGCGCGGUGUCGGAAGGGAGCUGUCAGGGCUGAAACGGAAAGCGAGUAGCGUUGUACGAGCAGCCACCAACUCACUCGGAGCUCUGCCAAAUAAAUUCAACAUAACUAGUAACCAGAAGCGUCAGCGGUUAGUCGACACGUGUGAUGUUUCCUCGCCGGACACAGAAGUCGGUUAUCGUUACAGGACCAUAAGGAACCCCUCUCCCUUCACCCCCGUCCGGCAAAGUAGUACGGCCCAGCGACGAUCAGCACGCCAGCGCGCUCGCAACCGGUCACGCUUGUCAGCCUCGGGCAGUCCUGCAUCUCUAUUGGCCACUCCUGAUGGACCUCUAACACCAAUGAGGAUGAUCCAGCAGGAGGCGCUGUCCAACAGGGCGUGUUACAUCAAGUUUGACAGCCCCGGGAAGGACCUGGACCUCACCUUCAACAGGACUAUCUCUAACGUCUCCACGGAGCUCAGCAGACCAGACGACCCCAAAGCCAUUUCCCUGGAUGAUGCUGUGAUUUGUAACCUGAUGACCAAGCUCAGCUCAAAAGUGUCCGUCAAAGAGAACUGAGAUGACUGCAUCAGGGACAGUACACUGUGUUGUCUGUCCUGUCCAUCUUCUACAAUAUCUUCUGUCUUUGGGACACUCCUGAUGUCAUAGCUGUUUCUGUAUCCAUAUCUGUAUAGUCCAUAUAACCUCCCUUCUGUGUAACACACCAGCUUCUGUAUCUGUAUAGCUGGUAUAACCGCCCUUCGGCAUAACACACCAGCUUCUGUAUCUGUAUAGCCAAUAUAUAUAACCUACCUUUGGUGUAACCAACUUUGAAUCUGUAUCUGUAUAGCUGGUAUUAAAUCUCGCUUCAGCGUACAUGUAACAUGUAAAGAUUUGAGAGGUCUAGUGUCCAUGCUUUUUGUCAAACAUUUUCCUUUU